AUGGAAGCUACAAAAAAUGCUGAUGAAGUACAAACAAAUGAGCCAAUAAAAGACACUUACAAAAUUGCAUACAUCCUCCAUUUCUUUCUAGGAGCUGGAUAUCUUCUUCCAUGGAACACAUUUAUCACUGCCAUAGAUUACUUCGAGUAUCUUUAUCCAUCAAAACACGUCGAACGAGUCUUCUCAGUUGCAUACAUGACUUCUUCACUAAUCAUCUUGUUGAUGAUGAUUAAGACCCAAAAAGAUAGCAGCAUGAUCAUGAGAAGAAAAACAAGCUUUAAACUCAGGAUGAAUGUUGGUCUUUCUAUGUUUGUGUUUUCUUUAAUGGUAGCUCCGACAAUCGACUGGGCUAAUCGAUCGUCUGUGAAGUCUAAUGGGAGCUUUGUCAUGACUGUGGCAGCUGUGGUUGUCUGUGGUUUAGCAGAUGGGUUGAUCGGAGGAAGCUUGAUAGGUUCUGCAGGAAAUUUACCCAAGGAGUAUAUGCAGGCAGUUUUUGCCGGAACUGCUUCUUCAGGAGUUCUAGUCACAAUGCUGAGGAUCAUAACAAAGGCAUCACUUCCUGAUAAUCCGCAAGGCUUAAAAACAAGCGCGCAUUUCUACUUCAUUGUAAGUGCGGCCAUCUUGUUAAUCUGCACACUCUGCAGCAACCUGCUGUUCACACUUCCUGUAAUGCAAGAACACUACAAUAACCACCAUCAUCUCAGUCCUCCCACUUCAAACCUUAAACUUUGUCACACAGCUAAAAAGAUCCUAUUUCCAUCAUUCGGGAUCCUAUCACUCUAUGUCGUUACACUAUCAAUUUUCCCGGGAUUCAUUUCAGAUGACAAUCAGAAAUCUGAACUACUUAAAGACUGGUACCCAAUUUUGCUCAUAAUGGUCUAUAAUAUUUCUGACUUAGCUGGGAAAUCCUUAACUGCUUUCAUGAUUCCGAGCAACAUAAAUAAAGUAACAUGGGCAUGUUUGUCUAGAGUCAUGUUUUAUCCUGCUUUCAGACUGAUUCUUCAUGGACCAAAGUGGCUUCAGACUGAAGUCAGUACACUGUUAUUGACAUUCAUGCUUGGUAUGAGUAAUGGGUUUCUAACGAGUUCGCUUAUGAUUUUAACUCCGAAAUCAGUGAGUGCGUUGGAGGCAGAGACGGCUGCUGUAGUCAUGGCUGUGGCUCUUGGACUUGGCUUGGUUGGUGGUUCUGUUCUUGGUUGGCUUUGGAUUAUAUGAUAUAUGCCAGAUUUAGUAGUAGUACAUAGCUAUUGUCAGCCAUAGUAGCGUUAGACCUUAAAGUUAUUCCUAUAUUGUACUGAAAUUGAUCAAAUUUUGUUUUGGCUUUCUUAUUAAUUACAUUAUUUUGAAAUUUA